CAAAAUAUGCAAUGGAUCAUCACCAUGAAUUCGGUAAAAUGUUUGAAGUUUGGGUCGGAAGCAAACGAUUUAUAUUUCUCUCUCAUCACUCGUUAACUGAAAACAUCUAUAUUCCAAACGUAAAUAAUAAAUUCUUUGCAAGAAUUCAAAUUCCAUUUAUGGAAAAUAUCGGUUUACAACAUGGUUUAAUAUUUAAUAAUAAUUAUCAAAUCUGGAAACGAAAUAGGAAAUUCGUUGUACAAUCACUAAUGUCACCUAGAUUCCUUAGACGAUUCACUUUGCUUGCACAAUCAUUAUUUAAUGAAAAUGAAAGUUUCUGGGAUAAGAAGGAAUAUCAUAUUGAUUUCGCUAAAUGGAUCAAAAAUUUUACAACCGACAUCACCUUAAAAACCACUACACGUAGACCUUCAUAUUGCCUUAAUACAUUCGUAUUCGGUGAUCCAACCAAUUCCGAAGAAAUUAAAAAACUACACAAAAUUCAAUUUUCUACAUCAAAAUUUGUAUUUGCCCGUUGGAAAAACAAAUGA